AUGUUUAUCGCCAUCAUUGGUACCCGAUGCUCUGGCAAGAGUACGGUACAAGACUACCUCGUCAAGUACAAGGAGUUUCGGCCAGUGAAGAUCCUUCAGGGCACGUCUGAACAUCCCUUGCUGUUUGGCUCGGCCGCAGAACUGCUGGCCCAUGUCACCAAGAACUGGCGUACGAACUUCGUGACGAUUGAUCUUAUUACUCGACAGGUUCUCGAGGACUUCAGGACGCGGCCUUUUGUCCUCGUUGUAGGAGUGGAUGCUCCGCUUCUUACUCGAUUUCGCCGUAUCAGCGAACUGGCGAAUCUACAUGUGGUCAACGCGUUCGAAAGCAUCACGGCGUUCUACGAGCACCUCGAAGAGACCAAUCUUGUCGACCCAGAGAGACUUCGUCCAGGCUGGGACACCUAUUUCAUGCAACUCGCCUCCCUCGCUUCUCAACGGUCGAACUGCAUGAAAAGGCGCGUCGGUGCAAUCUUAGUCCGCAAUAAGCGAGUUGUUUCUACAGGAUACAACGGAACUCCUCGGGGGCUCACUAACUGCAAUGAGGGAGGAUGCGUGCGGUGCAACAGCGCGAGCGAAUCAUCAGACGAGUGCUUGUGUCUGCACGCGGAGGAAAAUGCGCUGCUGGAAGCAGGAAGGGAGAGGGUCGGUGAUGGUUCCGUCCUCUACUGCAAUACCUGCCCUUGCUUGAAGUGCACCAUCAAAAUCAUACAAACGGGCGUUAAGGAGGUUGUUUACAAUCUCAGUUACAAAGUCGACGAUGCUUCGGCGGCACAGUUCUCCGAAGCAGGAGUUGUCCUUCGACGGCACGCAAUGCGCGCCUGA